AAGUGACGUGCAUCCUGUGUAAUGGCGGCGCGGAGGAGCUGUAGGUGACAACUGCAGGCAGAAAAAAUAAGCUGUCAAGAGCUCCAGACCAUUGGAUAUUUGCUACUUGGAACAGCUUACAGAGAAUUGAUACAUUGCAUCAAUUGGCAAUAGAAAAUGAAAAGUAGUGUGGCACAGAUAAAACAUUCUUCUGGUCAUGGUCGAAGAGAAAACUCUAAUUCACAUCAGAGGACCUCCUCUCCAGAAGAUGGAUAUGCAGACCAAGAGAGAUCCCCUCGGGAGAGAGAGAAUUCUGAUUACAGCAGGUCAGACUAUGAACGUUCAAGAAGAGGGCGCUCUUAUGACAGUGGCAUGGAAUCACGAAGUAGGGACCACCGAGAAAAACGCAGAGAAAGAGAGAUGGAUCGGAAAAGGUCCUGGAAAUCUCCAUCGCCUGGGAGAAGAAGCCCAGAGCCAUCCCUAACCCGGAGUUCCUCUGCUCAGGAUGAACAUACUGCAAAGAAGAAGAAAGAUGAACUGGAUCCCCUCCUCACUCGUACUGGUGGUGCUUACAUUCCUCCUGCAAAACUCAGGAUGCUACAAGAACAGAUUACAGAUAAAAACAGCUUAGCAUACCAGAGGAUGAGUUGGGAAGCACUGAAGAAGUCCAUCAAUGGUCUUAUCAACAAAGUUAAUAUUUCUAAUAUACGGAUUAUUAUUCAUGAACUUCUUCAAGAAAAUAUAGUUAGGGGAAGAGGACUGCUUUCCAGAUCUGUUCUGCAGGCACAAAGUGCUUCUCCAAUCUUCACUCAUGUUUAUGCAGCACUGGUGGCAAUAAUCAACUCCAAAUUUCCACAAAUUGGAGAAUUAAUCCUCAAGAGGUUAAUUCUUAAUUUUCGAAAAGGCUAUCGAAGAAAUGAUAAGCAACUUUGUCUGACUGCUUCAAAAUUUGUGGCCCAUCUUAUUAACCAAAAUGUGGCACAUGAAGUUUUAUGUUUAGAGAUGCUCACUUUGCUCCUGGAAAGACCUACAGAUGAUAGUGUGGAAGUAGCUAUUGGUUUUCUCAAGGAAUGUGGUCUCAAAUUAACAGAAGUAUCACCAAGAGGUAUUAAUGCUAUAUUUGAACGCCUUCGGAACAUUCUCCAUGAGUCUGAAAUUGACAAAAGAGUUCAGUAUAUGAUUGAAGUAAUGUUUGCAGUACGGAAGGAUGGAUUCAAGGAUCACCCUGUUAUCCUAGAAGGACUUGACCUAGUGGAAGAGGAUGAUCAGUUUACCCAUAUGCUUCCUCUGGAGGACGACUAUAACCCAGAAGAUGUUCUCAAUGUCUUCAAGAUGGAUCCUAAUUUUAUGGAGAAUGAAGAGAAAUACAAGACCAUUAAAAAGGAAAUUCUUGAUGAAGGAGACAGUGACUCAAACACAGAUCAGGAUGCUGGAAGUAGUGACGAGGAAGAGGAAGAAGAGGAUGAAGAGGGUGAAGAUGAGGAAGGUGAAGGACAAAAAGUGACGAUUCAUGACAAAACAGAAAUUAAUCUGGUGUCAUUUCGUCGCACAAUUUAUCUUGCUAUUCAGUCAAGUUUAGAUUUUGAAGAAUGUGCUCACAAACUGCUGAAAAUGGAGUUUCCUGAAAGUCAAACAAAAGAACUCUGCAACAUGAUACUUGAUUGCUGUGCACAACAAAGAACAUAUGAGAAAUUUUUUGGCUUAUUAGCUGGGCGUUUUUGCAUGCUAAAAAAAGAAUACAUGGAAUCCUUUGAAAGUAUAUUCAAAGAACAGUAUGAUACCAUUCAUCGUUUAGAAACAAACAAAUUGAGAAAUGUUGCCAAGAUGUUUGCUCAUCUUUUAUACACUGAUUCACUUCCAUGGAGUGUUCUUGAAUGUAUAAAGCUGAGUGAAGAAACCACUACAUCAUCCAGUAGAAUUUUUGUCAAAAUAUUUUUCCAAGAACUAUGUGAAUACAUGGGUCUUCCUAAACUUAAUGCAAGAUUAAAGGAUGAAACUCUACUGCCAUUCUUUGAAGGAUUACUACCCCGAGAUAAUCCAAGAAACACGCGAUUUGCCAUCAAUUUUUUUACUUCUAUAGGUCUCGGAGGUUUAACGGAUGAGUUGCGUGAACAUCUCAAAAAUACACCGAAGGUCAUCAUGGCACAGAAACCAGAAGUGGAGCAAAAUAAGUCCUCCCCCUCCUCGUCCUCUUCUGCGUCCUCCUCUUCGGAGUCUGACUCCUCAGACUCUGAUUCUGAUAGCAGUGACAGCAGUUCAGAGUCUUCCAGUGAAGAGAGUGACUCUUCGUCUACCAGCAGUCAUAGUUCAGCCGCAGCUAAAAAUAGAAGAAAGAAAGCACAAGGCAAGCCCAGCAGUAAAGAAGUAGAUAAAUUGAUGAAGAAACAACAAACAAAUGAUAGAAACCAGGAAGAAAGACGACGAGAACAAAGACACCCAGAACCAAGGACUGAGAGAGAAAGGUGGUCAGAAAAACACAGAGAUCCAAGUUCAAGAGAUACGAAUUGGAGAGAUGUCACUACAAAGUAUACCUCAGACAGAGGUCUUCCUUCUGAACGAAAUAGCUACAGUAAGGCUGUGAAUGAAAGAGACCAAGAAAUGUACACAGAUUUGGAAAACAGGCAUGGGGACUCAAAAAAGAAGAGAGAAGAGAGGAGAAACUCUUUUUCUGAAAAUGAAAGGCACAGACACCAAAAUAAGGAUAGUGAAAAUUUUAGAAGAAAACAUAGGUCAAAGUCAAGAGAAAAAAAUAGCAAACAUUCCGGCUCCAGAAGUGAUGAAAAUAGGCAUCAGAAUGGUGCUGAACGGCGAUGGGAAAAAUCUAGCAGCUACUCUGAACAUUCUAGAGAAUCAAAGAAAAAUCAAGACCGGCGAAGAGAAAGGUCUCCAGCAAAGCAAAAAUAAUUAUAUAAAAUAAUACAGACUCAACAUGCCUUACUGAAACAAUAUUUUUUACACUGAUUGACGAACUUUAUAAAGAAUUCUUGUAUAAAAUACUGGUUUGUAUUUGUACAUUUAAAAAAUGUUUUCAGCGUAUUUUAUAAUUGAUACAUCUCAAGGCCCUCCAUAAACUUAUUGAAGGGAUGUAAGACUUGAUUAUAUUUUGUGAAUAAAAU